AUGCCAAAACUAUACGGAAGAACAGUGAAAUACACAUAUGAGUACGAUCCUUCGGGAAAUUUGACGCCAAAUGUCAAAAUCUCAUGUGGGAAUUUUGUUCAUGGAAAUGCCAAUGCAAACUUUUUUGGUCGACAAGCUCAAGGAGUCAAGUCACUUAAGCGAAAUAAGAUAGUGGAUACUGAGCGCCUCCGCCCCUAUGCGAGUUACUCUAGUGAACAAUCUGAAAGCGAUGAAGACCGUCCGAGCUCUCCGAGAGAGGAUUCCUCCCCAGAGCGUGACGACAGCCAUCACAUUAGAUACACAGAACGCAAGCACGUUCCUGGCACGAGAUACUUUCAUAGAGAGGGACCCUCGCCAGAGAUUGAAGAUCUUAUGGACGACAUAUCUUCUUUCAUGUAUCAGCAAGCAAGAGAUAUCCUCUCUUCGGAGUUCCCGGAAUUCCCCAAUCUAUUUGAAAAUCUCGAACAUGGCCCUUCCAUAAAGCAUCAUCCUCAUUUUGGGAAAAGGAGGUAUCACAGCGAUAGAAACAAAAUUCGUGAUUAUUAA